CACACAGAAAUAAUGGCGGAUGACGCUACUAGUUUCGACUUCGACCCACAUCGACUCAUAUAUUAUAUAUUAUAUAUUGUUCCUCAAAAGUGAAUACGUUUUUCAUUGAAUAAAAAUGAGUACUACCUACCUUGGUAUCCAAUUUGAAGAACAAGAUGGGCCAGGUUCAAUUGCGUUAAUCAUUAAUAAUUGGUUAACGCCAAGAAAAAAAGAGGUGUUCUGGCCUCCUUACAAAACUCAAUUUACAUUUAAUAGGGCUUUAGAGAAAAAAGAAAGUGCACAAAAAAAUUGGACCUUAUACAAAGUUUCUCGAAUUUUCUUUGAAUGUGACAAUUUAGUCAAAGCCCGAGAAAAGUUGAAACAGGCAGAGUUUUCAAGUGACUUGCAAAGUGAUGCUGAAGAAACUCUCGAGCGCAGAAAAAGAAAAAUUGUUUCUAAACGCCGCUUAUAUGAAAGUGAUGAAGACGAUCUCGAGUGCAGAAAAACAAAAAUAGUUUCUAGUGACACUAGCACCAAUAACAGUGAUGAGGAGAAUUCAACAAGAACAGGUGGUUUUAUUCCCCGACCACCAAAAUUAGACAAAAGACUUUUUUCAGAUAAAUCGCGAAAGACCCCAUCAGCUUGUGGUGCCGAAUCUUUAAAUAUCAACGCAGAAUCUACAACAGUUGAGCCUUCUACCUCCAGUGAAGCGGCUUUCCCAGCUCAAUCUACCCCUUCAAUAUUAUCAUACUCAUCUAAGUCCUCCUUUGAGCUAGCAUUGUUGGAUCCAGAAAAUCCAGUGAUAAAAUACUUGGCAACAAUUAAAGCCCAGAGUGACCAAAUUAUAAAUUUAUUAAAUAAACAACAAUCAGCGUUACCUAUAACAAAAUUUUCAUUACCUGGAGAUCUUCCAACUACAUUGCCAAUAAAAACAGCUGAAGAUUUUGCUCUUUUGGAAACUUAUUUGGAAAACAAGGAUCAUUGCGUUGUUCUGGUGGCCUAUUUAUCUUCCUUAGGAGGUGAAGCUGUUUCCUCUGUGACAAACAGCAUAUUAAGAGCCUGUGUAUCUUUAAACUUGGCACAAACAUUUAGUUGGUUAGGAACUCGACAACAAAAGGAGGCUUUUUCCAAAACUAAUUUAAAAAACGUUGUAAUUGAUGCAGUAAAAAAUUCCGUUACAACUACCACUGAUAAGGUUGAAAACGCUAUCAAGGUAUGGCUUAAGCAUGCUCCAGAUAACUAUAAGAUAGAACAGAAGCGACUGGAAAAGCAGAACAAUGGAGAAGGAGAAGUACUAUAAGAAGAAAUGUGUGGGGAAGCGUCAGCUGUAUAGGAGGAUCAAGGAAUGCAGGCAAGAAAUUACCAGUUCCAUUGCAAAUAGCUUUAAACGUAAUGAUGCAUUGAAUGUGGUUACUUUGCCUGUUCAUGUCAUUAGUGAUAAGCCUAAUGUUAUUAAUAAUUUAAAUGUUUCUUUUAACAAUUUAAAUUGCGGUCAAGUUGCAAAUUUUGACAAUUUAGGUAUAAGUUCAGAUAUACGUUGCUUUAAUUUAGAAAAUAUUAAUGUAACUGAAUCAAUACCAAAUAAUAAUUUAUACUUAGCUAAAAUGAAUGUUAACAAUAAUAAAGAUACUUUUCUGAAUAAACUCAAACUUUGGGCGCUUACAUGCCCCGCAUUAACUCGGACCGAUUUAACUAAAUUGCUUCACAUUCUUCAUUAUGAGUUUCCUGAUUUGAACUUACCAAAAGAUAGUAGAAGUCUACUUCAAACACCAUUUAAUUUUAAAAGCAUAACAUUGAAUAAUGGAACUUUGUUUUACUUGGG